ACACUCACAUGCAUAUAAUACCCACCUACACAUCUCUAUUAUUCACUACACCUCUUUCAUUUUGUUUCAUUUAGCAUCUACACAAAUUGAGAAGCAGAGUCAGAGAGAUAUGGGUGCUUGUUAUUCUUGCAACACAUCCUCUAUAUUAAAAAAUAAUAUCAGAGUCAUUCAUCUGAAUGGUUUUGUAGAAGAUUUUGAUCAACCAAUUUCAGCAAGCCAAGUUAUUGGAAAUCCACCAAACUACUUUGUCUGUACCUCAAUUCAGCUUCUUUCUUCAUCCUACAAUCCAUUGAAAGGAGAUAGUCAACUCCAACCUGGUCAACUAUAUUUCAUGCUACCAUACUCAAUACUUGAAGAUGGUUUUUCACCUGUUGAUUUAGCUUGCUUAGCUAAGAGACUCACUGCAAAAUCCAAAACCAAGCAGCCAUGUGAUUACAAAAAGUUUCCAACAGCAAUUCCUUCACUGAACCAAACAAUCCCUUGGAGUUCUUCUUCAAGGAGUCCUUGUAGAGUUGGUGCGCAAGAGAAAAUUGGUAUGAACAUGAUGAGUGGUGGAAGAAGCCCUUGUAGAAUGCAAUCUUGGAAACCUAUCUUGGAUACUAUUACAGAGAAGCCAUUCAACAGAAGAAGUGAAUCAGAUUUGCAAGAAAAAAAUAUUAUUUUUUAGUAGACAUGUAUGUGUGUAGUAUUUGAUUAUAAGAAUAUAUUUUAGAAUUGCUUUUGUAUCUGAUUUUCAUAAAACUGUAUAUAUUUUUUUUAUA